AUGGGGUACCGACAUCUCAAGGUGAUCCUGCUUUUCCUGUCAGCGCUGCGGUGCGUUCUGGCCAAGACGUACUAUGAGAUCUUGGAAGUUCCGAAGGAUGCAGACCUUCGGACCCUCAAGAAGGCCUACCGGGAGAAGGCCCUGAUAUGGCAUCCGGACAAGAACCCGGACAAUCGGAAGGUCGCCCUGGCCGGAUGUCGAAGACGUGCCGCCCCUCUGGUCGCUGAAGGGCCAGCCGAAACCGCGCGAUGCCACGGACGACUGGAUCAAACGCUCGGCGGAGGAGCGGCCGGGGAAAGUGGAGCUGACAGCUCCCAAGCUGAAACCGGCGCGGCUCAGCCACAACAAGAUGCCGCAGAGUCCCUCUGGCUUCAGCUCCCCGCCGAGAUUGCCGGAGAAGCCGAGGCGCAGGGCGCCCGAAAUGACGACUGCUCAAGCGAGGCCUUCCUGGCCUUGAUCGACCAGCUGGUGAACCAGCACGCCCUUGAGCUGGAGGUCGCGCGAACGCUUGGCGGAGGUCCCGCAGGCACUGCCGGCGGUGCCGGCGCCGGCGCCGGCGCAGGUGGCGCGGGUGGCGCGGGUGCAGUGGUCGGGGAGGAGGCCAACAUGCUGGCCCUGUCGCCCGUUCAGGCCCUGUCGCCCGUUCAGACCUCCUACUCGGGCACCCCUGCCCUCGGCAUGGAGCGAAUGAUGUGGCUCGUCGCAAGCACAAGCAACCGCUUCAGCCAGUUCCUGUGUGAGUCAUAUGCAGAAUCGGGCAGAGGGACUGUCCGCAAAGAGCGCUUUCUGACCACCUCGUGA